AUGUUCUCCUCUACCUACCUUUGGCCAUUGCUACUCCUACCGCUCGCCGCAUCACAGUCUGCCACUGACUUAAGCUGGAACCCACCCAUUUCAUCCUGGAUCACCAAUUUGUCCGACAUCAUCAAUGGAACAGGCACGCACGGUUUCAUCUUCAACUCCUCCGAACUACCUAAAGGCACGGAAUAUGCCCGCACGUAUAAUUGGUGCAACAUGCCCCAUGUUAGGCUGGAAGACUAUCCGAUCGCCCCCCUCGAGUAUGAACUUGACUACGUUGAGGUGAUCCACCGUCACCACAAACGCACUCCCUAUGAGUCGAACCUGUUCCCCGAAGAAGUACCACCUUGGUCCUGCACCGAUACCGCCUUCUCAUACGCCUCCAAACCCACAGGCCCACAAGCCCACCAUCCAGCGGAUACAUCGUUGAAGACCGCCUACCACCACUCCUCCAAUCCCUUCAUAACCCCAGAAACCACCAAUUGGACGUGCCAAUUCCCGCAAAUCACGCAUGGAGGUCUCGAAGAUUCCUAUCAGCACGGCCGCGACCUCUACUCCGUAUACCACGACAAGCAUUCUUUCCUCCCCGACUUAAAUGACCAGCACGUCCAGUUCCGCGUUACAAACAAUCGGAUAACUAGCCAAGUAGCCGGAAUGGUUAUCGCAGGAAUGUACGGUUCCGACUCAAUGAAAGACCUCAGUGACUCUCCCAUAGUACCGCUUCACGUUCAGCCUUACCAAAUUGACAGCCUAGAGCCUGCCUACUCGUGCCCUGCCGCCGUAGGCCUCUAUUCCGCCUACGCGGUCGGUAGCAAUAACACAGCUUGGCUCUCCCACCUCUCGGCUGCGAAGCCGUUCUUUACAACUCUCGACGCCGCCUCGAAAAUUGAAGCGAACAACACCGAUUGGCAUGUUUCAUUCGACCACUACUUCGACAACCUCUCCGCGCGCCAAUGCCACGGCCUCCCCCUACCCCCCGGAAUUUCCCAAAAAACAGCGAAUGCAGUAUACCGCCUUGGGCAACACGAAUACAGCCUCAUCUAUCGCGCGCUUGAACCUAGCUUGAGAUUCUCGACCGGCAGUUACGGCGUCUGGCUCGCGGAGUUGGCGGAUAAUAUUGAGAAGCGGUGGCACGGAAAGAGCAAAGUGAGGUUCAGACAUAACGUGGGGCAUGAUGGGUCGAUUAGUAGGCUGUUGUCAUUUCUGCAGGUUGAAACUAUGGUUUGGCCUGGGAUGGGCGCCGAACUGGUGUUUGAGGUUUACAAAUUAGGGAGUAAGGAGAGCGAGGACGUAAGGAACGGGGGUGACGGGAAGAGGUGGGUGAGGGUUCUAUGGGGCGGCCAAGUGCUGGUUAGCUCAAAUCCAGUCCUGGGGAAGAUGCACCUGAUGGAAGCGGAGGUGUUUUUGGAUUACAUCUACGCUAUCACAGGAAAAAAGGCGGAGAAGGUGAAGGACUUCUGCAAUUCUACGUAA